UAGUACUGGUGCACAUAAUCUGGUCAUUGUCGGUGAAACAUAGCCAUGUUUUUUACUAAAGCAUCGCCUGGUUAGUAAUGGAUCCUUGCAUGUUUGUUUUUGCUCUGUUUACCACAGCUUGCAAGCUUGUGUUUGUUUUGUCACAGCCGCGGAACGCUCCUGGUUAUCUUGGAUGCUACGUGGACUGUGAGGAUGUGACCUGUGUCAGCGAUACACGUGUGCUCCCGAUCGGACCAAUACACAGCAUCAAUCAGUCUGUAGAGUGGUGCUUCAGACGCUGUCUGGAUGUAGAAUAUAUCAGCUACAGAUACGCAGGACUGGAAUACGCACAUGAAUGCUUUUGUGGAAGUAACGAAGACUACGAAAGAGACGGGGAAAGGGCAGACUAUGAGUGUCAAUAUAGGUGUAGGGGAAACAGAAACCAGCUCUGUGGGGACUCCAAUCGGAUCUCUAUAUACGAAAUAUUGCAAGGAGUGUGCAGUAAUGACACAGGACCACCCACCAACGGAGACCACGUCAUCACCAACCCGCGUUCACUGUCUUACAAUCUCAACAACUUCAAGUUCUUCGGGACUCGUGUAGAUUUCUCCUGUGACCCUGGAUAUACCCUCCAUGGAGCAUCAAGCAUUGAAUGCAUUGAGACUGGCUACAACAACGUCACGUGGAGUGACUCGGUACCAGCAUGUGAAGAACCCCAAAGUAGGACAACGACGGCUGGCGUUGACUUCAUCACAUCAAAUGACAUUAGCAGCAAGCCCAAUACUAGCCCUGUGAUAACAGCUGGUGUGUCUGUAGGGGUAUCUAGCAGCAACGAACCGUCGGAUGUUGGAGUCAUAGUUGGACCAUUCGUGGCGGGCCUCAUCGUUGUAUUGGCAGCUCUUGGUCUGUUGAUAAUUUGUAUGUGGCGGCGUAAAAAGCGAGAAUUAGUGAACGACUGUGACAACCAGCUUGUCAGAAAUGACAGCAGUUACAUGCAGCCAAACCAUAAUUCGCAAUCACUGCGUUCAGAAAGACAGGAUCAAGUUUGUACAAUACAGGCAGAUGGACAACUCGAGGCUAUCCCCUUUGGUGCGUUGUCCGCAUCGACAGCGAACGAGUGCAACCCUGGACACGAGAUCCAAGCUGCGCUUGCGGCAUAUGGCAAUGUAGGCCCCAAUCUAUCGCUCUCGAGAGAUCUCGUUGAAAUCGAGAAAGAGAUUGGUAGAGGUGCCUUUGGGAGAGUGCUGCUGGGGACCGCACUUGGGAUCGAGGAUGUUGACAAACGAACCAAGGUUGCAAUCAAAACUAUCAAAGAGGGCGCUGACAGACAGGCGACUAUGGAGCUCCUGGAGGAGUUGGACGUCAUGAAAAAGAUUGGGUCUCACCCAAACAUCGUCAGAUUACUUGGCUAUUGCAUAGAGACAGAUCCCAUCUAUCUCAUCGUGGAGUACCUGGGUGAGGGCGACCUCAAGAAAGUUCUGAUGGGAUACAGAAUCACAGAUACUGGGACCGGCUACGGCAACAUUUCUGGUCUGAGUCAAUCACUCUCGUUGACCUUGGUCAAAUUCGCCAGGGACGUAGCCAAUGGAAUGGCAUUCUUGGCUUCGAAAAAGUGCAUUCACCGUGACCUGGCCGCCCGUAACGUACUGGUUGGUGAAGACAUGGUCUGCAAGGUGUCUGACUUUGGACUCGCACGUGACGUCAUGAAUAUCAGAGUCUACCAGCGAGAAUCCCAGGGUCCACUGCCCAUGCGCUGGAUGGCACUGGAGUCCUUAAUUGAUGACGUGUACACAAUUGAGAGUGACGUAUGGUCUUUCGGGAUUCUGAUGUGGGAGAUCGUAACACUUGGUGCCCGGCCAUACCCACACAUUAUGACUUCAAAAGAUAUGGUGAGGCAGCUAAGGAAAGGCUACCGCAUGUCCAAGCCAAGUAACUGCAAGAAACAACUAUAUUCCAUUAUGCGCAGUUGCUGGCAUACCAACCCGAGGGCAAGACCAACGUUUCGAGAUGUUGUCGAGAAUCUGGAGGCGUUGCUUAGUGAGGAAAUGGAGUACAUAACUGUUGGAAACAUCGACGAAAGCAUCUACGAGGUCCCAAGAAUCAUGGAAGAGAACGAGAAAGUGUGAAUCACGAAAUAGAAGAAUGUGUGAAAUAUUCUGGGAAUUAAAAGAUAAUUCAAAAGCACUAGAAAUGAUGAUCUGGUUUCGACUGAAAAUACUUAAUUAAAUUUAAUUCGUGACUUAUGCGAAAACAUUUGUAUGCAGAUGGAUAGUUCCAGGUUAUUUUCUAAACCAUAUUAUUGAAUGAGAUUGUGGCAUCAAGUUGUCAUAGUAACAUAGUCGCAAGAAAAUGUAAAGUUAAUGAAUAAAACACAAUCUGACGAAAUUUGUCAGAGAGUAUAAUAAUUGUAGAAAAACUUGACUUGCAUGUAUGACAAGACCAUCGUUCUAAAUAAGCAAAAGUCAAGCAUAUCGGAUUGCACAGUUGAAAACAUUUGUGGCCUUGGCACAAUUAAAGAUGUAAACCCUAAUUAUAAAACAAAACCUGAAUGAAAUAAGUCUUAUUAUAUAAAGAUAAAAAAAUCAUCUUUUGACAAUAUGAAUUACAUUACAUGUACGGAUAACGAAGACAGACGGUGUGGUGCUCGAUAUUUUUGACCACGAAAAUUCGUGGUGUACCUCGUAAUUAGCAUAAAUAGGAGGUGUGGCUAUAUUUAAGUUCUAGGUUUAAAGACCAAUUGUAUGACAGUUUGCUAAUCAAUUGUGGAUGAUUGUUGUGUUCGCCUCUCUUAACCAGAUUGACAUUAAUAUCAUUAUUAAUAUUACCAUUUACUCAGAUUUAUACAGUCUUACUCUCUGCUUAUUAAUAAUUAGAUUGAUAUUAAAGGAGUAAUCUUCUGAGUAAAUGAAGUGGUAUCGGUUUAACAAUCUGCAUGAAACCUGCUUAACAAGUUUGAUAUAUUUAGUAACAUUCUGCAAAGUAGAUUGAUAUAGUUCGUCGUUGCUUAACUACAUUGUAUUUAGUAAAACAUCUGCUUAUCAACUAGUUUGGUAUUGUGUAACAUUCUGUAAAGAAGAUUGAUAUAGUUUGCCAUUUCUUAACUAGAUUUUAUUUAGUGUAACAUCUGCUUCACUAGUUUGGUAUUGGGUGACAUUCAGGGAAGUAGAUUGACAAAGUCUGUCAUGGCUUAAGUAGAUUUUAUUUAGUGAAACCAUAUGCUUCCAUAGUUUCACAUUUUGUAACAUUCUGUAAAGUGGAUUGAUGUUGUAUGUCAUUUAUUAACAAGAAUUUAUUUAGUUAAACCAUUCGCUUACCCAGUUUGAUAUUUUGUAACAUUCUACAAAGUUGAUCGACAAGGUAUGCCAUUGAUUAGCUAGAUUGUAGGAAGUGAACCAUUUGCUUAAGUAGUUUCAUGUCGUGUAACAUUCUGCAAAGUAGAUUUCUAUAGUCUGGCAUGGCUUAACUAGAUUUUAUUUAGUGAAAAGAUCUGCUUAACUAUUUAUAUUUUGUGUAAUAAUCUGCCUAAUUAAGUAUAAUAUAAAGCUCCAGUGGAUCA